AUGGUAUACGCUGACGAGGAUGAAAUCGACUGGAGCGACGGCUCUUUCGGCGCUCCAUCUCGAAUACCCAUCGAUGCUACACCCCGUUCAACUCAUCACAACCCAAUCGCGGACGCUUACGAGGACCAAGAUUCGCUAUUCGUGUCGGAAACCUACGACCAACACCGAAUGCCCAGCGGUCUCACACUUGAAGCUGGUAAGAAGCUUGCUCUGCCUCCCGUGAACAACAAUGAUACCUUCCAGAACCCUACGCGUGUCCAACGAGCUCGAGCCGGUGUUCACCUGAACCGUCGUAUACCUUCCAAGGCGGACUACGUGAACUACGUGCUUUACCAAGCUAGCCAGAAGGCUUACGAAGCCACCUUCCUGAACAACUUCGUAGCGCAUGCCUUGCAUCCCGACCGCCUCGCCCAGUGUUCUGAAGAUGCAACCAGCGGCCGCCAAAGCAUCGCCGAGUACCUGAAGUCCGUAUCACAUGAGGUCAACGGCAUCACGAAGAAGAUGAUUUGGAAUGGCCAUUGCCGCACUGUACACCUUCUUGCUGGAGACGGCAUGGAUGGCGCGCCAUUCCUCGAUCUACAUACUCUCGACACCAGACCCUUCUCAAAGUACGGUCCUGGCAAUCUCUUUCCCGUAGCAGACAGAGUCAACGUGUCUUGGCACCGUACCAGCUCACAUCCUUCGAUGGUACGAUACUCAACCAAGGAGUACGAACUUGGCUACCAGGCCGGUCCAUUGGAAGAUCUUGACGCUGUAUCCCAGACACUGUUUCGCAAGGAGAACUUCGGUAUAACUUUGCCCAUCGGUCGUGCUGUCAAGCUGUCAACGUCCAAGAAGCGUAAAGGUCAGAAUAUGCCUGGAGCAGCUACCAGAGAUGACGAAAUGUUGUCAUCACGUAGGAAUUGGCUUCAUUUCCCGCAUUUCAACACAACGGUGGACUUCCAAGACCCUCAAAUCAUUACAAGCACUCCACUCGACAUCGUUCACGAAGCAAAGGCGGCGGAUGUCCACCAAGAACCUCGGAUACUGUCAGAUCUCAGCAGACUCCAUAACGACUCCGCAGAUGCUCUGUCUCCAGAUCUUGCACAGAAAGAAGGUUCACAUGGGCCUUUCUCUCUUUACGCAGGGCUAUUCAGAUCCCAUGAUCCUGAAGCACCGGUCAGCGACCGUGCCGGCGCAUGCAAGCAAAGCAACGGCACCGAGCACGUAGAGAAGGUACAAGACUGGCGAAACAGGCUGAUCAAGGAUCACAAGCGCCGGCUGACACUCAAGUGGGGCAACCCACCACAGGCUCUCGAUCAUGCAUUCCGGAACUUUAAGCAAGUUGUUACAGCAGCCAUGUCUAUGGGUAUUCGUCCCAUCGCCCACGACUACCCGAAGAAGCUGGAUACCAUCGCAGCCUGGGAGCGACUUCGAGAGCAAGCCAGAAACUCUGCUCGAUCACAGCAGAACAGUGAAAGCCUGUCCACUGAAACCACCACAGCUGAUUCGCGUGCAUCGCAAUGUCUCCCAGUGGUCUCAGACGUGAAUACUCCCGAGUCCUCUUCCUUCUCUCCACCACAGAUCCUUCGACGAGAUAUUGGUGGGUCAUUGAGCAAUUCUGAAUCAGAUAAGACACCCUCAGAGCCAUCAAAGAAGAGGAGGAAGAAAAACGAAGCUGCAGACAAGCAAGUCAUGCGAAAUCACUCUACCGAUCAGCAAUCGACUGCACCCAAGCCAGGCAAGCAAUCGACCAACCAGGCAGUCGUGAAGAGUCCGUCAGUGAAUAAGUCACUAUCGCUUCAUCCGAGUGGAUCUACGACUUUGGAACUACAUCAACACCUUCCUCCCGACGCGUACUUCGAGCCGAUCUCAGUGGAUGAGAAGUACGCUUGGCGUUGUCGUUGCAAACACGCAAUGGGCCACUACUACAACUCCGGGAACCGCAAGAACUGUCGAGGCUGUAACACCUCGCGCAGUGACAAUCAUGCUUUUGAGAUGGACUUUUACAUGCCACUGAGGUCUUUUUAUCAUCAACCCGUACCAGACAUGCGUUGGAAGCCUAGCAAACAGACUGCUCGACUUCGCAAAUCAGACCGACCCUGUCACAACGCUGUGGCAAAGGACGCAUAUUGGGAGGCCGUGGGUACUGGUGCGACGGAAGGCGAGGCUCGGCAGAUUGCUGUCGACGCAGUGGUUCAGUACCUUCGACCAAAGCCACCGCCGAAGGCGCCAACACCCGAGCCGACGCCAGAAUCAGAUCUAGAGCCCGAUCUUGGUCCUCAUCCUAGUGGCUCGAUCACUAUGGAGCAUGGUCAGGAGAUCCCCGACGGCUGUUACUGGAAGAAGGAGAAACCGGAUGAGAACCUUGCCUGGCGAUGCGAUGUCAACCAUGGUCUCGGACGGUACUAUCUAGCGGGCGACAAGAAGACUUGUCCAGGGUGUGGAGCUGGCCGGAGUAGCCAGGGUAAGAGUGAAGAGAUGGACUUCUAUCUCCCAUCGGGUGUUGUCGUUCGCCAAGAAGCACAGGGCCUCUCCGUAUGGAAACCUAGGAAGCCAUACAAGAUGAGCAAAUCUGCUGCUCCGAAGAGGGAAGCGGUCAGCCACAACCAAAUGUGUGCCAAGGUGUACUUCGAACUUCUCGCUCAAGAACACGAAACAGAAAAGGCUUUGGCGCUUGCGAUAGAGAGAGUGGACAGUGAGCUGGACAAGAAGCAAGAAGCUAAGAUGAAACGACAGGAAGCGAAAGAGGAGGUUGGAGACUCGGAUGCGGUUGAGGGCGCCAGCACCUCAGUCAGUACUUCGAGGAGGGACUCUGCCGCCACGAGUCGCAACUCUCGAGGAGGCUGUACCAUGUCCCUCGUUCCGAAGAAGCGUACCAUGGAUGAUGUCAGCGAAGAGAGUUUGGAUGAGGUUGUGGGUCGUCUUAUAGAUAGGGAUAUGGGAAGUGAUGGGGAGCCUGAGGAUAGUGUUGGAGCUUCUUCUUCUUCUGCUGCUGAAGAAGACAGCUCUGGCUCAGAUUCUGAAUGA